CGCUUUCUCGCCAAUUGCAACGCACCCAUGGGAGUAUACAUUCCGCCAAACAACAACAACGGCGACCAAAGUGGCGACCAAAACGGUGGCAACCCCCGCAAGCCCACUCCCGUGGAGCUAUUCCUUCGAGAAAAACUCAACUUCGGCACCAAUCCCAGCUUUGGCCUCCACUUCUGGGGUCCUCUAGUUCCUCCACCAGAUAACCGGACUGCCCUUAAGGCCCUAACAGCAGCCCAGUUUUUCCUUGGAUUAGGCCUCAUUUCCCGCUCCUUCGCCCUACGAUCCAGUCGCUUGCUUCGAAAUGGCCGCGUGCCGUCGUGGAGCCUCUCGUUCAAAAAGUACACCUAUGGGCUUGUUGGACUCAACUUGAUAUUUAACAGCGGGUUGGAAACAACUCGACUCAUAAGCCCAUUUGACCCGUGGCAGCAGGAACGCCAGUACUACACCGACCUCGCCCUCAGAAAUGGGCAGCCCGUGCACUGGUGGUUUGGGCCCAAAAACUAUGUUCCUAUGACCAUCGAUGCGUUUGUUGAGGAGCAGUUUGUAACCCAAGCAGUUCACCGCUUAAAGUCCCAGAAUGCCCAAGAUUUGGGCCAGUUCAGCGACACGGUGCAGGCGGCAGUGGUGCCACCACACCCGGCGGCCGCCAGUCGCCCCAUUCUUCAAAUCAGUAGUAUUUCCCGGUUGCUCGAUCACGAAAAGUUCACCCAGAUCUACAACAAUAUUCGCCAGGAAAAUGAAGCCAUUGCCAACAACCUCCUUACGAACCAGCUCAAGGACGAGCUGGAGAUCAACAAGGGCAACCGACUUGACUUGAUGAUGGAGGGAAAGUAUCAAUUUGUGGUGGAUGAAAAUUACCCCAAACCGCCUAUAGUUUUGGGAAAUAGGAGGCUUGAGACAGACGAUGAUUUGGACGCGGUGUGGGACUACUACGACCCGUGGGCGGAGUUGCAGGUGGAGACGGAUAUUAGUAUUCGGUUGAUUCCGCCUAGUCGGUUUGGGGAGGAGGAGGAUGUAGAUGAGGUGGGUGAAGCUUAGGAUUCAUAGAUAGAAACCGACAGACUAAGAGCAGAAACGAGACUGGAAAGGAGACUAAGAGCAGAAACGAGACUGGAAAGAAUACUGAGAGCAGAAAGAACACUUGAGAACCACAAGACUAGUGAACACUAAGAUUGGUGAAAGAACCCUUGAGAACCACAACCACACCAACCAGAAAUUAGCUCCAAUAUUCUGUUAUGCAUCACACUAGCUAAUAGCACCAUUCUCUAUCCAAUUACCCUACGUACCGCUUUAUAUGUCGUUCGUGUCCCAUAGACCUUCUCUCGCUAAUAUAUUAUAAUCUUCUGCUGUCACCCCUCAUUCUUUCGGGGUUACUACA